GGACAAGCAGACGAGUCAUCUGAAAGAGGGUAGGUUUUCUUUGUAAGGGUUCACGAUUUUUGUAUUUGCGUUAACCUUUUCAAUAAUGUUACAGCCAAACCUCGUAUUAUUUUGAUGGUCACUUCACAACUUGUCCCUGCAACAUUCUGGACAUUGCCGAGGAAUUUUGUAUCGGCCGUUUUGUCGUUUGCAUGACAGACCUAUAUAUUGAACUGACUAGGUAGUAUUCUCAUUAAAACUUUGAAUUUGAGAACGAGUCUGCCAAGAAAACCAAGGUGAAAAUUUCUAGCUUCGCAAGUUAAGCGAGGACGCCGUUUUUUGUGUAUAAACGUAACGCUCUCUAAGUACCAGCAGCGUUGCGUGAAGAUACAAAGAACUGGGUAGGAGACUAGGAAGUUCUUUGAGGCAGUUGUCACGCCAUCAAAAUACCAGUGUUGACAAAUGUUGGGAAGUUUUUAUGCUGCGCUCAAAAGAGCAUCCAAUUGGACUAAGGGUCUGUUUUCUAAUGUCUAAUGCAGAUUGAAAGUCUUUAAUUGUGAUUUCACUUUGCUAUUCUAUAUCAGGCUCUGGCCUGCGUGAAUGUAAAAUGGUAUUGUUUAGGUUCAAGUUGUUACUAAAAUGCAUCAAUUCUGUUUAAUUAAUGGUUUUGGUAAGCGCGGCUUCAUGAUAAUUUGUGUUAGUUUGGGUAAAAAAUAUUCCUAAUAGUUUUAAAAACACUGUGAUCUACAGUAUCAUUGCUGUUUUUGGGAUUUUCUACUUUCAUUCUCAGUUUUAAACAACACAAUGCUAAUCAGUCCAUUUAUGAUGUGCAAGUGGACCUUUAGACUUUUGCAACACAAUUUCACAAUAGUAGCAUCACUGUAAAAAAAAACUAUUUCAACCAAAAAAAACUUAGUUUAAUUUAAUUAAAGUCUAGUAGCGAGAUAAAGGCUAACAGCAUGUACAGUUCUCACCACGUUUUUUUAAUUCCCAUGAGGAUACUAGGUGCUUCAACGUAAAGGCCCUCAUAUUUCUUGAAGGCUUUAUUUGGAUAUUGGCGUAUUGCAGCGGGGAUACUAUUCCGAACUUGGCUCCUAAUCUGUUGAAAGAUCUAAGUCGUUGAUUCGUUUUUGAAAUAUUGAUGUAGAAGUUCCCUAAAUUAGAAGAACUCGUUUUAUAUCCGUGUAUUUCAACUGUUUUGGUGAAAAGAGCUAGAGCAAAUGCUUGAUAGUGUGAACUUACUGAAAUAUUAUGCAUUGAAGUUGAGACAGAUUUUAAAAUAAAGCAUGUUCAAUAGAAUGGGGGGAGAUUAGAGGAGAGAAACAGAGAAACGGUGUUCUCCCUUGUCUUAUAUAUAUAAAAAAAGAUUAAACGAAUGGCAAGCUUCUGUAGCUUGUCCCCAGGCAACCAGUCCGUACGAUAAAUGAGCGGAUAUCAGAGAGCGAUAGAAAUUUAAGGGGUUAUGCAAUGGGAGAUGUGCCUCAGACGUGUAAUAAUUCCCACUGUUUUACUUACUUUAGAGGAAACAUAGUCAAUAAGGUAUUUCCACCAAAGGUAUGGGUGUUGUUAUCAAAAAUCUGAAUGUUAAUUGAAUACUAUUACACUGGAUCGCAAGUAGACUUAAGAAUAUUUCAAGUCAAGAGUUUUUUUCUUACUUAACAACUCUUAGUACUUCAGACCUGGCGCUUUGAUCAGUCAUAGACGUAAACAAAAAACCGAUCGCGGUAGUUGUUCUGUUGAAGAAUGGAGAAUAGAAAGGUUUUAACAGUAAUUUUGGUCUAUUUGUUUUACAAUUUUAUCGAGUCCGAUGAAUCAAAACGUUGCAAGCAGAAAGCCUUCAUUCGCUUCCGAGCUCAAAAGCUAAUCUCUUCGAUAAAAGAGAAAAAAAAGAUAAAUAAUGAAAAUAGGGGUACUCGGAGCUUAGAAGAGUGCGUUCGAUAUGUUUGUAAGGCUUACAGGUAGAAGUUGAGGAGGAAGAGUGGAUGGUUAUUGCGAUAGAUUAAGCCCGCUUUCCAUAUGAUCGAUACGAUCGCUGUGAUCGCUGCGAUCGCUGAGAAAAAAAAGUUCAGCGAUCAUAUGGAAACUACUCUCCAGCGAUCGCAGCGACCGGCAACGAUAUAUAUAACUUUUUAUAUCUCAGCGACUGUUGUCGCUGCGAUCGCUGGAGAGUGGCUUCGUAUGAUCGCUAUGAUCGCUGCGAUCGCUGAAGUUCAUUUUUUUUCUGAGGAUCGCAGCGAUCACAGCGAUGGUAGCGAUCAUAUGGUAACCGGGCUUUAAUUUGAUCAUGGCAUAGUUUAAACGCAAGGAUUGCUUACAGCGAAACCUCUAUUUAAAGUGUGUAUCAUUAUGAAAAAGCCUUGAAGGCUAGUGAUAUCGUAUGACCCGUUUCAAUAAGUGCAGUAGUUUGGUCAAGUGUGUUGAUUUCAGUGACUUGAGUGGGGCUACUGUGGGCUUUUUAUAAGUUUUUCUGAAUAAAUAACAUAGACCUAAAAUGUUCGUUUGUCCGGUGCCGAAGACAUCA